AUGAGUAGAAUUUACGACAACUGGGAGAGGCUGGUUGGAGCCACAUUAAAACGAGAGGAGUUUCGGGAACUUGCUCGUGGCCCCAGUUUCAGCUCUACAUCUUCAGAUUUCAGUUCCAGGUUCAGUUUCAGUUCCCCAAUUCACAAUCAUAUUCCACUAACCCCUGAAGCUUCCUCGAGCUCAAGUAUUCCUUUCUAUAGUGGAGAAAGUAGUGGUGAGAGCCUCCCUAAGCCAAGAUCUGAAGAUGGACAGCCUAAUGCUAAUGCUAAGCCCAUUCGGUUCGAAGAAUUAAAGAAAGCGACCAGAAACUUUCGACCUGACCGCAUUUUAGGGAAAGGAGGAGUUGGUCCUGUUUUUAAGGGAUGGAUCAACGAGCAGACUCUUACCUCUACAAAUCCGGGAUCUGGAAUGACCGUUGCUAUCAAAAAGUGGAAUCCCAAUGGUAUUAAACGGUUCAAGGAAGAAUGGUUGACAGAAGUUAAACAUCUGGGGUAUUUUCGUCAUCCGAACCUGAUUAAACUUAUUGCUUUCUGCGCCGAGGGUGACAACCUUCUUUUGGUAUAUGAGUUCAUGCCAAAAGGAAGCCUGGACAAUCACUUGUUCAGAAGCCAUCAGUGUCUUUCUUGGUCUACUAGAAUCAAGAUAGCUGUUGAUACUGCUAGAGGCCUUUCUUUCUCGCACGAUGCUAAAAACAAAGUGAUACAUCGAAAUUUGAAGUCUGCUCACAUUCUUUUGGAUGAGGAUUUUAAUGCCAAGUUGUCCGGCUUCGGUCUCGCUAAAGAUGGGCCACCUGAUGAUGAGACUCAUGUGUCCACUCAAGUUACGGGUACAAGUGGCUACAUUGCACCGGAAUACCUUGCUACAGAAUUACUAUCUGGCCGUUGGGGUUUUGAAAUAUCUGCUGAUGACGAACAGGUGCUAGUGGAUUGGACAAGAUCAUAUUUGUCUAAGAAGAAAGAAGUGAAUCGAGUGGUGGACCCCAAAUUGGAAGGCCAGUACCCUCUGGAAGGAGCAGUUACAGUUUUAAAUCUUGCUUUGCAGUGCGUAAGUGAUAAUCCUAGAAGCAGGCCGCGUAUGGCAGAGGUUUUAGCCACAUUGGAACGACUCUAA